AUUCUCCCGGAACUGUACUAUAUCGUAUGUAAAAGCAGUGAGUGGAACAAUGGAAAGAAACGUUAUUAAUACGUUAUUAACAGAACAAGCACCUGAAAGAGCAUGACUGAUCAGAAAUUGAAUGGCUGCAUUUGAACCACAGAUAAACAACAAAAAUGGCAUUUCAGCAUCUUCAAUCAAUCUGUGACUUUUUCUACUUAUUGAAUAAAUCAGAACUCUGGUGCAAACGUUAGUAUGACAGGAAACGCUCUGCCUCACCUGCCUCACCCCACCGCACGUCAUGGCUUCGUAUUCCGAGAAAACAGAAACUAUGUCUUCUGCUGUGGAAAAUUCUGACAAGCCAUUCUGGGCAAGUUAAGCAAAGUGACUUACAGCAAGUUAUGGCUUGGAAACAAAAUAUUACUUCCGCUUCUCCAUUUCCUGUGUUAAAUUUGUCCACUAAAAUAGAGAAUUCAUUGCCAGGACCGCCAGAUAAAUCAGAAUCUUCCCUAGAGGCAUCUUUAGGUGUGAAAGUAGGCCACUUCUUGAUGAGUAAAACUAAAGCUGUAUGUGAAGAGGAACAAACGCAAGAUGCAAAGCAACAGCUAGAGGAGCUGCUACCCGUCACAGCGGAUGGUAUCAAUGGCGAUACAAUUAGUCAUUCUGUAUAUGAAUCUCUGAAUCCAUGGUUGAGCUUGCCCCUGACUGAAUUUUCUAUUGGACAUCAAUGGCAACCAGGUCAUAAACUAUAUUUACAUGCUAAUGGAGAGCUCAAUACUAGAUACAAAUGUGACAAAGUCCCAGGUGGUGAGGCUAUAGGAACACAUAAUAAAUAUGGAGUUCAUACUGAUGACCAUGGAUUUUUCAACAUAUUCCAAUCGAAGAGAACAUAUAAUUUAGACAGAGAUGUCACUGAUUCCACUGUAUGCAACAAUGAACGUGAGAUGAACCCCAGCAUGAGUACACUUUUGAAUAGUGGUAACGUUGAGUUCUUCAGAAGUCUAAAGGAUUAUAAUAGGAAGACUGACUGGGACUUGAAUGAACAAGAAAUACUCUGCACUAUUGAAGACCAGCUGUUAAGAACAGAAGCCAUACUAAAGGAGGAGGAAAAUGCACAAAGAGAAGAGCAGGCCUUUGUGAAGUUGCUGCAGGAUGGCCAGAAGCUGUCUGAUGACCACAGUGACAAUAUGGGAAAAGAAUAUUCUCCUAUCAGGCUGGACACGUCUGUGAAACACAAGAAUAAAGAUAUUAGAGAGGAAAAGAGAUACAAGAACUUGGAUUCACCUGCAUCAGAUUAUUGUAGAAAAAAUGAUAUUACAAAUAUGCGAAUGAGAAAACAAAUGUUCUCAAUUAAUUUAUUUCGAGAAUUAGAAGAAAUGUAUGCUAUUGAAGAGUGUAUUUUGGAAGAAAAUAAGAAAAUUAAGGAAUUCCGUGAACUGGUACAGGCUGCAGCCAUUGAAGAACAGGAGUCUCUUUUUACCCAAUGCAAAGAGAAACUUUUGUUUUUGACUUUACUGGAGAGAGAAAGAAUCCAUGUAGACAACUUGGAGAAAAGCUUAGCCAGAGAACAAGCACAAAAGCAGCAACAUUUAAGAAAAAAGAUAGACAGGAUUAGGAUUAAAAACUACUGCCAAGAUGUGGUGAAAGAAAAUAUAAAGUUGCUCGCAGGGGACCAGUGUCGCCAUUCUAGAGAGGCAAAAUGUAAAUCCACAAAAACUACACAUACAGAGGAAGCUGCAAAUUUGCCACUUACUAAUUAGUCAUACACAUCUUUCCCAGCUCUAAACAAUGUUUAGUAAGGGGGUUAGGCCCAGUUCUUAUGACCCUUGGAUGAACACAUAAUGGGGGUAAUUCCAAGUUGAUCGCAGCAGGAAUUCUGUUAGCAGUUGGGCAAAACCAUGUGCACUGCAGGGGAGGCAGAUUUAACAUGUGCAGAGAGAGUUAGAUUUGGGUGUGCUGUGUUCAAUCUGCAAUCUAAAUUGCAGUGUAAAAAUAAAGCAGCCAGUAUUUACCCUGCACAGAAACAAAAUAACCCACCCAAAUCUAACUCUCUCUGCAAAUGUUAUAUCUGCCCCCCCCCCACCCUGCAGUGCACAUGGUUUUGCCCAACUGCUAAAAAAUUUCCUGCUGCGAUCAACUUGGUAUUACCCCCAUUGUUCAAGAAGCUGGACAGCCCAAGCGACAGCUCCCAAUAAACUAUAGAAAGAAAUAGAAAUUAGAUGAAUGUAGAUGGGAAAUGAUGAGUAUAGUGACACAUAUCUAGUAACACAUAUAAUUUGCAUAGCAUUGAGGACCAGUGAUAACAGGGGAUACAGCCAGUGAUGCAGUCAUGUUUAAUUGGAAGGUCUAUAGUGGUAUAAUAAACUCACAACAGUAGCAUAACAACAACAUUUUAAUUACGCAGUCUCAGGCGUGUGCAAAUAAACCAAACAUUGCCAAAUCUGUCCCUUCUUUUGUUGUUACGGGAUACCCAAAUUCAAGCAAAGAGUUUCAAAUGCAAACCAAUAAGCAAUAUCCUUCAAUUGGCACUAUCCUUGCCGGAUGUCGGAAAUCCGGUGGUCAGAAUACCAACGCCGGAAACCCAACAGCUGACAAUGCCACAAGCUGAAAUCCCGGCAAAACAGGACUAUUCCCACUUGUGGGUGUCCACGACAUCCAUAGAGUGGGAAUAGAUCCUGUGGCGAGCGCAGCAAUCCACCAAGCCCGCGAGGGUACUCUUUUGUGCUCGACUUGCUGCUGGCAUUUUGGCAGGUGGGAUGCCACUGUCGGCAUAUGGACAUCUGGCACUAAAUCAUGUGUAUUUCUCUAAAGCAAUGUGUAUGUACUCUAACAUGAUAUACACUAUACAUAUUCAGUGGCCACUUUGUUAGGAACACCUUUCUAGUACUGGCAGGACCUCCUCUUUUGCCCCAUAACACUCUGAACUCUUUGUGGCACGGCUUCAACAAGGUGCUGAGAAAACAUUCCUAGGAGUUUCUAUUCCGUGUAGACUUUUUAGCAUUACACAGUUGUGCAGAUUUUUUCAGCAGCACAUACAUGCAGCAAAACUCCUGUAUCACCACAUCCCAAGGGUCAGAGGUGAAACAAGACUUCAUACCGUUUUGGGUGAGAGGGAACACCUAUACCCCUCCCACCACCACCACCACACACACACACACACACACACACACACACACACACACACACACACACACACAUACACAUCCUGAAAAUAUUUAUUCAGAGCCAUCUUCUCUCCUCCACCACGCUAUUGUGUGUGUGUGUGUGUGUGUGUGUGUGUGUGUGUGUGUGUGUGUGUGUAUACACAUAUAUAUAUAUACACAGGCAGAUGGAUCCGGCACUCAAUCAGACCCUUGGCUGUGGCUGUACCUGCUCAUGGUGCCCUCCUCAGAUGUACCGAGCGAAAGGAGGCAGCACUCAGAGUCUUUCAAACAGUGUAACGGCAGAAGUUUAUUGCAUAUGAAUCCCGUCAGUUGGCAUGCCGACUAGCAGGGACUAUUCCACUGGUGUUUAUAAAUCGUAAAUACUACUAUAUAAAGUACAUCUAAAAAUGAUCUGGUUGCCAAAGAAUAAACAGGAAAAGAACUGGCCUUUUUUUUGUACAAAUGUGGGUGCUGGGGAGUUUUGGCAAUGGUGGGUGCAUGCGGUUACUAUAUUAGUCCAGGUAUGCCUGUAAUAUAAAGUUUAAUCAGGUCGAUGAGGCAGUUGUGAAAUCGGUUUAGUUGCUCCCAGCCAGUGCCAUCACUUGUGUAAUGAUUGAACAGCAACAAGCAGCAGAGUGGAGAACAGUGCUGGCAGUGGUCUCACAAAAUGAGAAUAUCCUCAGUGUAGUCUCUCAGUGUCCCGGUGUCCCCGGCUCCCGGCACUGUCUGACGCACUGGCGUUUCUAUAAUGGGUGCAGUGUGUGCGGUGCACACGGGCCCCUGAGUCCAGAGGGGGCCCCCACUGCACACGCUGCACCCAUUUUGUGAAUAGUCACCCCUCCGUAGUCCUGUGGCGACAUCCACGGCGAUGUUAAAACUCCGUGAAAAUGGCCCAGCGUCCAUUUUCAUGGAGUUCUGUGCAUGCGCAGUAGAGAAAUCUCAGGGAAAAUGGCCACCAUGCCAUUUUCCUGGGGAUCUGCGCAUGCGCAGUAGAGUCUGAGCGCUCUAGUGCUCAGACUCUCCCUGCUACCGGCAGAGAGUAGGGGGCCCAAAUGGAGGAGGCUGCACCCAAGCCUCCUCCUCUCUUACAAAGCUGCUGGCCUGACACACAUACAGGUCUCCCCCAUACUAGUAGCAUGGUACUUCAGUACCCUGGACAGCUCUCCGUCCUCCUGGUUCUCAGUGGCAGAUGUCACACAGGACAAGGGGAUCCUCGGUGUAGUCUCUUAGGGUAAUCUUCAGUAUGCCGACUGACGGGAUCCCGGCGCACAGUAUACUGGCGCCGGCAUACCGACACUUAUUGGAGGGAGAAUAAAAUAGUGUGGCGCGCGUAGCGCGCCACCAUGCCCAAAGCGUGGUGAGCGCAGCGAGCCCGCAAGGGGCUCAUUUGCGCUCGCCACACUGUCGGUAAGCCGGCGGUCGGGCUCCCGGCGCCGGUAUGCUGGUCGCCGGGAGCCCAACCGCCGGCAUAUCGUAGUGAACCCGUCUCUUAAGUGUCCCAGGGGUGGGCACAGUGGUGGUGGGGGGUGCUCCGUACUAUGGGGUCUAUUGAAGCUGUGAAAAGAAUUGUUUCACAAAGUACUUUAGCAAACAGGGCUUUUCCCUGCUUUAAUGUAUUCAAGGGGUAUACUGUACCUUGGAGAAGUUUAUGAUUUCUCCAGUGGUGUCCCAGCUCCGUGUCCGGAUCGCAUCCCCUACAGUAAUAUGGGUAGUGUGCAGUGGUGCUGAGAGGCGGGGGGCGGGUACUCUUUACCAUGUCCUGGGCCUGUUAGAGGGGCCUGGGUCCCGCUAUCCCCCCCCCCUUUCCCUGAUGUAGACAGCGCCAACAUGGUGGUGGGAGAGAGAGGACACUGCUGCAGCCUCUCUCCCCAGCACAGCACACACUUCUGUUUACCCAGCGCCCCCUACCCCACACCAUCCCCCUCCCAUCCAGCAUGUGUGCCCACUUUGCGGUCGCAGAUAAACUCUAUUUUUAAACAUUUUUAAAGAAGGGGGGCUGGACCCACCUCCCUGCAUUAGCCAUGCCCCCUCAGAAUACCUGGGCCUAGCACAGCUGUCGCCACCCCUGGUAGUGUGAGAAGAACAGAAACCUCAUCUAAAUAAUUAGACUGACUGUAAUUAGAUGACACGAUCAAGUUACAGGCAACAGGUUUACCGCCCAUUAAUGUUAACAGCAACCUCACAGGCCUUAUAAAGGGGAGGUCGACAAGGGCAGCUGUCCUGGGGGCCCCUACAGAUUAGGGUCCCCCACACACUACAUUGCUACUUCAAGGCAGGGCAAGACGGACAAUUACACAAGGUAAGCAGGCGGGUGGAAGGGCACAAUCUGCCACCAUUGCGCUGAGCCUGACAACAGCUGCCAGAGUUGUGACCUUAUUAGGGCUAUAACACACGCGCCGGUUUCUCCCGGAUGGCAAAAAGCCGGAAAAACUUGUCCGGAUUUUUGCCAUCCGGGAAAAACCGGUAGAGUCUCUCACACACCACGGCUUUGAGCCGUGUGUGAUGCUGUGCUCAUGCGCAGCAUUAGACACGGCUUGGAAAAAAAAACGUUGUGUGCGAAAGCUCCCCUUCACACACACGGUUCACUGACUGCAAAGAAGGCAUGGCCCCGGCCCGGCAGCCAGACCUUCCAGUGGAUAGUUCCGGCUGCAACCCGGCAGCCGGGCCGGGGCCGUGCAGUGUGUAAGGACACUACUCCUCACACUGUUCAUUACAAUGCCGGCACGGGAAAAAGCCAUCCGGCUUUUUCCCAGCCGUCAAAAGCCGGCUCGUGUGUUUUAGCCCUUAGACUUGUGGCUGCAUGUCACCGUCUCCCAUCUCACAUUGAUUAGCAGCCCCCAGAGGAUGCUCCUGUAUGAGGAACUGUAUGCGCAGGCAUCGGCUUGGACAGGGACACCCGCGGCACAGAGGCAGGGGGGAGACUUUUACAAGGGUCCCCACACCUUCGUUUCCCUGGGCCCCCACCAGCCUUAGGGCUGUGCAUUUUUCCAGCAGUCUGCGAUCAUAUAGCUAUGUGCAGUGCAUAGCCCAGGACUUACUCCUACAGUGCAAUACAAACAGGCUGAUUGGGGCCGGAGCUGAUGUCACACACACGCCCUGAGAACGCUUGGGAAUGCCUGCGUUUUUCCUGACACUCCCUGAAAAUGGCCAGUUACCACCCCCAAACGUCUGCUUCCUGUCAAUCACCUUACAAUCUAAAUUUUUGCACCAUGCUGUCACUGUUUGGCAUCGCGCCUGUGCAUUGCGGGUGCACACGCAUGCGCAGUCAUUCGAUAUUCGCUCGCUGUGCGAAUUCGCACAACAGCGAUCAGGUCUGAAUUGGCCCUUAAUCCGGCCCUGCCUUAGUGGCUUUGCUUGUGAUAUGCCUGACUGCACUGGUGAGAGCCAGGACAAGUGGUCUAGUAUUUUAAACAGCAACCUCGCCAGCCUUAGCAGCUUUGCUUAUACGUUUGAC